UGUGCAGCAGGCCACGCAGCGCCAGAGCAGGACAGAGCGGCGCCGAGAUGCACAGCCAGGUAAGCAGCCCCCCGGCCGGGGACCCUCUCCCGGCCAGCCCGGGCUGACCCGCCGCCCCCUCCUUCCAGCAGCCCCCAGGUCCUGCCGGCCGGACGCCCCCCUGGACACAAGCCGCCUGCGACCCGGCCCGGGGCUGCCGCUGGGCCCCACGCUGUGCCUCUUGGAGCAGCACCUGCAGCACCUGGCGCAGCACCUGGACUGCUUCGCCCGCCCGCCCCGUGGCCGGGCCCUGUCCCUGGGCGCCGGCUCCAGCUCCUCGGCCGGCUCCUGCUCCUCCUUGCCCAGCAGCUGCGACCAGUGCUGGGGAGAAUCCAGCGCCGCAGGGGUCCCGCCGCAGCCCCCGCCCGCCCGCCGUCUGCCUCUGCCCAAGCCGCGGGGUGCGGGGAACAGAGGCUGCCGGGCUCGCCGCCCCCCAGGCCGCCCGCCGGGGCUGGACUUCCACGUGCGGCGCAAGCAGCUGCAGGCGCUGUGGGGGGGCCCCACGCCCCUGAGCGAGUCACCGGCCUGGGUGGUGCCCGGCGCACCCCCCCCGCGCCCGCCUGGCACCACCGCCGCCGGGCGCAUUGGCACGUGCUGCCUGCCCUUCCUGCCCUACAAGGCGCAGGCCACGCUGGACUGGCACCUCCACCGCCGGCGCCUGCAGCGGGGCCCCCACGGUGCCACCGUGCGCCCGGCCCAGGAGCCCUGCACCUGCCCCGUGCCCGCCCCGGCGCCCUGCCUGCAGAGCCGCCCGCCCGGCCCCCUCGCCCCCCGGCCUCUGCCCCCGGGCAACAUGCUGGCUGCCCACGACCACAUCCCCGCCGAGAAGACCCUGCUGGGUGCUGACCCCGGCCCCACGCCCGCCCGGCUGCGCCAGGACCCCUGCACCUGCCCAGAGGAGGAUGCCGCAGGCUGGCCCCCUGCGCGUCUUGGCCCGCUGCCCCUGCACAGAGCAGCCGCGCUGCAGCUCCACGUCGCCCGCAAGUGCCUGGAGAUCUGGGCUGGGGCCCUGCCCGCCGCAGUGCGGGCAUCUCAGGACGCCGUGCACCGCGGCCCCCCAGCCCUGCCCAAGCUGCUGCGCCGGGGACGCGCCCCGCCACGGCCCCGCGUCGCCGCCGUCCCAGGCCUGGCCCCAGAGACCGCCCGGCGCCUGGAGGUGCACAUGCGGCAGAAGCAGUUGCUGUGGCUGUGGGGGCUGCCGGCCCCGCCUGCCCGGUCCCUGGCCCUGCUGGUGCCACGGGCACCGUGCCUGGCUGCCCCCCUGCGCCCCUGGGUGCCCUGCGUGGCCUUCUCUGGGUGCAACACCCCCUUCCUGGGCGCCCACGCUCGCGCCGCCCUGGACUGGCACGUGCUGGGGGUGCGGCUGCAGCACUGCUGGGGCCUGCCGGCCCUGCUCCAGCGCUCACUGGCUGCCUGGCAGCCCCCAGCACCGCGCCCCAGCUCUCCGCGCCCCCGCGGGGACGUGGCCGUAGCCCCCCAAGCCCUGCCUUUCUUGGGCCGCGGUGCCCGGGAGCCGCUGGAGGCCCACAUCACCGCCCGGUGGGCGCAGCAUCGCUGGGGGCUGCCCGCCCGUGUCCAGGCCUCGCUGCGCGGCUUCACGCCUCCCGCCCCCAGCCUGGUGCCGCCACCUGCCAGCCGCAACCGCAGCCCUGGCCGCAGGGCGCGCAGCCCUGGCCCCGCAUCCCGUGGCGCAGCCAAGGGGCAGCUGGCGCAGAGCAAGGCAGGAGGCCCAGGCCACGAGCCGGCCGGGCAGCCACGCAGCCGGACCUCUGACCGGAAACGGUCACGGAGCUGGACCCCGGACUGGAAACGGUCGCAAAGCCGGACCCCCAGCCAGAAACGGUCACAGAGCCAGACCCCCAGCCAGGAAGCACCAUCCAAGAUGCCCAGCCCUAGCCUUGUGCCCCUCCGUCAGGCUUUGGACAACGCGGUCCCUAGGACAGGACCACGCCAUGCUGCAGGCCGGGUGCAAUUCAAGACAACAGGCAGCCCAAGCCACCCACCACCCAGCCAGCCAUGCUCCUGGACCCCCGAGUGCAAAGGACUCAGCCAGCCACGUUCCCGGACCCCUGAGCUUGUGGGACCCAGCCAGCCACGUGUCCAGAGCCUGGAGAGCAUGGGACCCAGCCAGCCACGUGCCCGGACCCCCGAGCGCACAAGACCUAGCCAGCCACGUGCCCGGACCCCCGAGCACACAGGACCAAGCCAGCCACGUGUCCAGAGCCUGGAGAGCAUGGGACCCAGCCAGCCACGUGCGCAGACCCCUGAGUGUACAGGACCCAGCCAGCCACACACCUGGAGCGUGAAUAACACAAGGCCACAGAGCCAGAGCCCUGAGCACGUGCUGGCCACCCAGCUAUGUGACCUGACCCUGGAGUAUGUGGCACCCAGCCAGCCACAGGCCUGGACCCCAGAGUACAUGAGGCCACAGAGCCAGACCCCGGAGUACGUGGCACCCAGCCAGCCAUGCACCUGGCUCCCAGAGAGCCCAGCACCCAGCCAGCCACAUGGCCUGGCCUCAGAGUAUGUGAUGCCACGGAGCCAGACCCCAGACCACCCACUGCCACCUCAGCCACGUGGCCUGGCCCUGGAGCACACAACCAACCAGCUGCGGGCCCAGACCCCCGAGUACACAAGGCCACGGAGCCAGACCCCCAACUGCCCUGCACCCUGGCCAGGCGACGGGGAGAGGAGCCGCAGCCCGCGCCCCCUCCAGCGCUCUCCGGAGCCCCCGCGGCAGCAGCCCGGCCCCGCGCCCGACGUCUGCUGGAGCGUGACGACCACGCACGAGGCACUUGCGGCCCUGUACUGGCGCGAGCCCCCCGGGACCCCCCCGCCGGCGGCGCCCGGCAGCCCCCCUGCAGCUGUGCUGGGCGCCGAGGCGCUGGCCCGGGCCAUCGUGCAGUCGCUGGGGGAGCGGCGGGCGGCACGGGACCUGCAGCGACGGCUGUCGGGGCCGGCGCGGCUGCGGGUGGAGUACCCCGUGUGCCUGCCCUGCGCGCGCUGCUGCCCCGACGGGCCCUGCCCCCGGCACCCCUUGCCCCACGGCCGCCGCGGCCCCCGCCUCGUCGUCUACCCCCGCCUGCGCCCGGGCCCCGGCCCCCGCCUGCGCCUGCGCCUGGGCUUCGUGCUGCGCCUCAAGAGGAAGCAGGCGGCGCAGUGGGACCUGCUCCCCGCUCCCGCCCCGCGGCCCCGGGAGCCCCCACCAGCCUCCAAGGGCCAGGCCACAGGCGCAGCGCCGGGGUCCCCCCGCCCGCCAGCCACCGCGCCCGUGCCCCGCAGCACCGGGGCUCCCCGGGGCCCUGCCAGCAGCGCCCCUGCGGCCCUGCCGGCCGCGAAGCCCCCCUGGGCCGGGCACCCCGUCCCCACCAAAGGGCACCCGCUGCCCAAGCGGCUCCUGGCGUCCGUCCAGCAGGUUUGGGCCUGGGCACGGGGCUGGAAGCCGGGGCCGCAGCCCCCUCCCCGGGGCACCCCCGGCUCCCGGCCUUCCCCCACCAGGGCCCCGCGCCCCAUUCGGAGUCAUUAAAGCUGGCUGGACCCCA